CCAAAGGAAAGGACAAUUCCAAACUUAAUCUUCUCUCUUUCCCCCAAAUCCUUCCAUUUGUAAAGCAAUUAAGCAAACUCGAUAUUCUCUGACACUUCCACGAAACCGCGCUUUAAUAACUUCCGCCAUAAAUAUAGCUUGUUGUACAAGAGAACCUCAGAAUCCCGUGUUUAGGAGUGAGAAAAUCUUCCAAAGCUGUACGAAGCGACUAAAGAAAAAGGAUGAAAUUGUUUUGGGUUUUCCUGCUGCUUUUUCUGCAAAUUAAUCUCCUGCUAAUUGCUACGAAUUCCUUCAUUUUAGGUUUGCAAGAACGUGAUAACAUUAAGGAGAUUGAGGAUUUGUCAGAUGACAGUCGAUUGCAUAUUACAGUAGUCAGUAAGAAAGGUGGAAGUGGAGGUGGAGGUGGAGGGGGACGUGGUGGUGGUAGUGGUGGUGGUGGUCGUGGAGGAUCAGGACGUGGUAGUAGUGGAGGGCGGGGUGGUGGACGUGGACGUGGUGGUGUUCCAUUUUAUGGUGCAGCUGGAGCAGCGGGAGUUGCAGGAGCAGCUGCUGCUGGAAGUAGGGGCCAUCACCACCGGAAUGGAUCAAAUUAUGCAACUCCACAGCUUGGGUUAACUCUGUCUGCAGUUGUAUUAGGACUUGGAAUCUAUCUUGUUAAAUUGUGAGGUUGCUAGAAGAUGAAUAUUAGGGUGAGACUUUAGUGUUUAAUGGUUACGUACAGGAACUCUGACUAGAGUCAUGGAGUGUGUGUGCGCGUGUGUGUGUUAUAUUGCCAGAGGAAUGUCUGGACUCUGGAAGCGUGAUAAGUAUUGCGUUUGUCUUGGUCUCUACUCUAUGGUUUUGCAUAUAACUUGUACAGAUUAUUACUCCGUACUACGAUGCUCUGAGCUUAGAAUUAAAAUUCACGGCGUUUCGUCAA